GCCAGACCCCGCACCGCCGACAUGAGCGCCCUGGCCGUGAUGCGAGAAGACGUCCCAGGGCCGCGCCCCUGCGCCCCCGACCUCCACAGAGGGAGGACCCUGAGCUACGAGCGCCUGGAGACGGACGUAGCGCAGAAGCUGGACCUGAUGUUCGGGCGCGCUAACUCGCUGGUGAUGGUGCACCCGGGGCGGGUGCUCAUGCCGCCCGAGUACCAGGACAUCGGCGAGCGCAUCUCGCAGCUGCAGGUGCGGCCCGACGACGUGUGGCUGGUGUCCUACCCGCGCACAGGCAGCACGUGGGCCCAGGAGAUGGUGUGGCUGAUAGGCCACGACCUGGACUUCCAGGGCGCGAAGCAGCUGCAGCAGAUCCGCACGCCGCUGCUCGAGUUGUCGGCCAUCAUGGCGCAGGAGAAGGGCGCGUGGAAGGAGGAGCUGGACAACUCGGUGGGGAUGGUGGAGGCCAUGCCCUCGCCCAGGUACAUCAAGUCGCACCUGCCCUUGGAGCUGCUGCCGCUGCAGCUGGACUCUGUGCAGCCCAAGGUCGUGUACGUGGCCAGGAACCCCAAGGACAUGUGCGUGUCCUACUACCACUACUGCCGGCUCGUGCACAACCUGCAGGGGUCCUUCGAGGACUUCUGCGAGCUCUUCCUGCGCGACAGAGUUCCCGUUGCGCCCGUGUGGAACCACAUUCUCGGGUUCUGGAAGCGACGCAACAGUCCAAACAUCUUGUUCCUCAAGUAUGAAGACAUGAAACGGGACCAGGAAGGAGCCAUCCGACAGACGGCCGCCUUCCUGGGCAAGACGCUGUCCGAGGACCAGGUGAAGGUGCUGGCGGAGCACCUGAGCUUCGACAGCAUGAAGAGGAACCCGGCCGUCAACCUGGAGCCCAUCAUCGCCAAGAAGAACGGGCCCGAGUUUCUGGCCACCACGGAGCUGCGCUUCAUCCGCAAGGGCCAGGUGGGCGACUGGAGGAACCACAUGGGCGACGAGCUGGCCACCAGAUUCGACUGGUGGACCCAGGACCACCUCCGGGACACCGGCCUCAGCUUCGACUGAGGAGGCCCUUCGUGCUCUACCGCCCUUCAGACACCCAACACCUUUGGGACACCGGCCUCAGAUUCGACUGAGAAGGCCCUUCACGCUCUACCGCCCUUCAGACACCCCACACCUCCGAGACACCGGCCUCAGCUUCGACUGAGGAGGUCCUUCGCGCUCUCCCGCCCUUCAGACACCCAACACCUUUGGGACACCAGCCUCAGAUUCGACUGAGAAGGCCCUUCGCGCUCUACCGCCCUUCAGACACCCCACACCUCCGAGACACCGGCCUAAUCUUCGACUGAGGAGGCCCUUCGCGCUCUCCCGCCCUUCAGACACCCCACACCUCCGAGACACCGGCCUCAGCUUCGACUGAGGAGGCCCUUUGUGCUCUACCGCCCUUCAGACACCCAACACCUCAGGGACACCGGCCUCAGCUUCGACUGAGGAGGCCCUUUGUGCUCUACCGCCCUUCAGACACCCAACACCUCAGGGACACCGGCCUCAGCUUCGACUGAGGAGGCCCUUUGUGCUCUACCGCCCUUCAGACACCCAACACCUCCGAGACACCGGCCUCAGCUUCGACUGAGGAGGCCCUUCGCGCUCUCCCGCCCUUCAGACACCCCACACCUCCGAGACACCGGCCUCAGCUUCGACUGAGGAGGCCCUUUGUGCUCUACCGCCCUUCAGACACCCAACACCUCCGAGACACCGGCCUCAGCUUCGACUGAGGAGGCCCUUCGCGCUCUCCCGCCCUUCAGACACCCCACACCUCCGAGACACCGGCCUCAGCUUCGACUGAGGAGGCCCUUCGCGCUCUCCCGCCCUUCAGACACCCCACACCUCCGAGACACCGGCCUCAGCUUCGACUGAGGAGGCCCUUUGUGCUCUACCGCCCUUCAGACACCCAACACCUCAGGGACACCGGCCUCAGCUUCGACUGAGGAGGCCCUUUGUGCUCUACCGCCCUUCAGACACCCCACACCUCCGAGACACCGGCCUAAGCUUCGACUGAGCAGGCCCUUCGCGCUCUCCCGCCCUUCAGACACCCCACACCUCCGAGACACCGGCCUCAGCUUCGACUGAGGAGGCCCUUUGUGCUCUACCGCCCUUCAGACACCCAACACCUCCGAGACACCGGCCUAAGCUUCGACUGAGGAGGCCCUUUGUGCUCUACCGCCCUUCAGACACCCAACACCUCAGGGACACCGGCCUCAGCUUCGACUGAGGAGGCCCUUUGUGCUCUACCGCCCUUCAGACACCCAACACCUCAGGGACACCGGCCUCAGCUUCGACUGAGGAGGCCCUUUGUGCUCUACCGCCCUUCAGACACCCCACACCUCCGAGACACCGGCCUCAGCUUCGACUGAGGAGGCCCUUUGUGCUCUACCGCCCUUCAGACACCCAACACCUCAGGGACACCGGCCUCAGCUUCGACUGAGGAGGCCCUUUGUGCUCUACCGCCCUUCAGACACCCAACACCUCAGGGACACCGGCCUCAGCUUCGACUGAGGAGGCCCUUUGUGCUCUACCGCCCUUCAGACACCCCACACCUCCGAGACACCGGCCUGAGCUUCGACUGAGGAGGCCCUUUGUGCUCUACCGCCCUUCAGACACCCAACACCUCAGGGACACCGGCCUCAGCUUCGACUGAGGAGGCCCUUUGUGCUCUACCGCCCUUCAGACACCCAACACCUCAGGGACACCGGCCUCAGCUUCGACUGAGGAGGCCCUUUGUGCUCUACCGCCCUUCAGACACCCAACACCUCCGAGACACCGGCCUCAGCUUCGACUGAGGAGGCCCUUCGCGCUCUCCCGCCCUUCAGACACCCCACACCUCCGAGACACCGGCCUCAGCUUCGACUGAGGAGGCCCUUUGUGCUCUACCGCCCUUCAGACACCCAACACCUCAGGGACACCGGCCUCAGCUUCGACUGAGGAGGCCCUUUGUGCUCUACCGCCCUUCAGACACCCAACACCUCCGAGACACCGGCCUAAGCUUCGACUGAGGAGGCCCUUUGUGCUCUACCGCCCUUCAGACACCCAACACCUCAGGGACACCGGCCUCAGCUUCGACUGAGGAGGCCCUUUGUGCUCUACCGCCCUUCAGACACCCAACACCUCCGAGACACCGGCCUAAGCUUCGACUGAGGAGGCCCUUUGUGCUCUACCGCCCUUCAGACACCCAACACCUCAGGGACACCGGCCUCAGCUUCGACUGAGGAGGCCCUUUGUGCUCUACCGCCCUUCAGACACCCAACACCUCAGGGACACCGGCCUCAGCUUCGACUGAGGAGGCCCUUUGUGCUCUACCGCCCUUCAGACACCCCACACCUCCGAGACACCGGCCUCAGCUUCGACUGAGGAGGCCCUUUGUGCUCUACCGCCCUUCAGACACCCAACACCUCAGGGACACCGGCCUCAGCUUCGACUGAGGAGGCCCUUUGUGCUCUACCGCCCUUCAGACACCCAACACCUCAGGGACACCGGCCUCAGCUUCGACUGAGGAGGCCCUUUGUGCUCUACCGCCCUUCAGACACCCAACACCUCCGAGACACCGGCCUCAGCUUCGACUGAGGAGGCCCUUCGCGCUCUCCCGCCCUUCAGACACCCCACACCUCCGAGACACCGGCCUCAGCUUCGACUGAGGAGGCCCUUUGUGCUCUACCGCCCUUCAGACACCCAACACCUCCGAGACACCGGCCUCAGCUUCGACUGAGGAGGCCCUUCGCGCUCUCCCGCCCUUCAGACACCCCACACCUCCGAGACACCGGCCUCAGCUUCGACUGAGGAGGCCCUUCGCGCUCUCCCGCCCUUCAGACACCCCACACCUCCGAGACACCGGCCUCAGCUUCGACUGAGGAGGCCCUUUGUGCUCUACCGCCCUUCAGACACCCAACACCUCCGAGACACCGGCCUAAGCUUCGACUGAGGAGGCCCUUCGCGCUCUCCCGCCCUUCAGACACCCCACACCUCCGAGACACCGGCCUCAGCUUCGACUGAGGAGGCCCUUUGUGCUCUACCGCCCUUCAGACACCCAACACCUCCGAGACACCGGCCUAAGCUUCGACUGAGGAGGCCCUUCGCGCUCUCCCGCCCUUCAGACACCCCACACCUCCGAGACACCGGCCUCAGCUUCGACUGAGGAGGCCCUUUGUGCUCUACCGCCCUUCAGACACCCAACACCUCAGGGACACCGGCCUCAGCUUCGACUGAGGAGGCCCUUUGUGCUCUACCGCCCUUCAGACACCCAACACCUCCGAGACACCGGCCUAAGCUUCGACUGAGGAGGCCCUUUGUGCUCUACCGCCCUUCAGACACCCAACACCUCCGAGACACCGGCCUAAGCUUCGACUGAGGAGGCCCUUUGUGCUCUACCGCCCUUCAGACACCCCACACCUCCGAGACACCGGCCUCAGCUUCGACUGAGGAGGCCCUUUGUGCUCUACCGCCCUUCAGACACCCAACACCUCCGAGACACCGGCCUAAGCUUCGACUGAGGAGGCCCUUUGUGCUCUACCGCCCUUCAGACACCCAACACCUCAGGGACACCGGCCUCAGCUUCGACUGAGGAGGCCCUUUGUGCUCUACCGCCCUUCAGACACCCAACACCUCCGAGACACUGGCCUCAGCUUCGACUGAGGAGGCCCUUUGUGCUCUACCGCCCUUCAGACACCCAACACCUCCGGGACACCGGCCUCAGCUUCGACUGAGCAGGCCCUUCGUGCUCUCCCGCCCUUCAGACAACCAACACCCAAAGAUGCAGCCAACACGGCCGACGCACCGACAAGAGAGAAACAACGGUUCACCUUCAACAUGAUUUCGUCUGAACUCCCAGACUUGUUUGCAACAAUGAAAACAUUUAUUAUGCUCAACAAUGGGUUAACAAAUUCUGUUUCUUUGUUGAUUAGACUUUGUUAGCUUGACGUAUGUCGCAAUAUUUCAACAAGAACGUCACCGACUCUAACAAUUACUUGUUUUAUUUCCAGUCUUCAGCCAUUUGACUUAAGAGUGACUGCAGAAAACUUGAGUCACAUAAACAUUCCUCUGCGAACACAAGUUCUCCAAUGCUGUUUAGGAAUAUCUCCUUAAUUUUUUUUAUUCUAUAAGGAUGUAUUAUUAUUAUUUUUUGGUUUUUAUGAUGAUAACACUGCAUGUGAUAUAAUAUAUAUCGUCGUGUGAUUGAUGUAGGAUAAAAAAAACUGUUGAAUGCUUGAAAUAUGUACUUACAUAUCAGCAUUCAGAGUCAACUACUUGUGGGGAUUAACACUACUGUCUUUGUUUUUCGUUGUUAUAAAAUUGCAUUAACUUAACAAUUGAUCAAAAAUCAUUUUAUAUGUUUAUGUUAAGACACAACUGUGAUGUUUGAAUAAUCAGGUAUAUUCGGGCAUUAGUAUAUUAUAUUUUUAAUAGAGGGAAAAUUUUUAAAAUGAAAUUAUUUUGUGAAUAUGUAUAUAAAUAAUUUAGAACAAUAUACAUAUCAGCUAUGUUCUGGUUUGAAAUGUUCGAUGAGAGAAUUUUAAUGUCUUCAGUGUUCAGAGUUGAUUUUUAUGAACUAUAUAAAUACAUUAAAAGUUUGGCUUAAAAUUA